GCCAUUUCUCUCUCUCUCACUCGGCUGUUUGGCCGAGACACUAAAAAAAAAAAAGACAAAAACGAGAGAAAUGGAGAGAAACAAGCUUCAAUCACUUUGAGGAAAGCGGAGGUUAGGGUGACGAGAUAUUGCUUUUGUGAUAAAGCUAGUGGAGAAGUUAGCUACAUGUUUGACAUCCGAGAGAUAGGAUAUGGAGAUCGUAUCUUUGGGGGCAGAACUCGAAACCCGGACGGGUCACUAUGGUGGUAUCUUUUGGGCCUUGCUUUGGUCACGACGUUAGAAGUAGCACAUAAUAGGUGAGGAAUUCAGUUCUAGAAGAAAGGAAGCGGUGAAGCAGUUUCCAUCUUGAUCAGACUAAUUAAGAUGAUGUAAACCGAGAUUGAUGGAGAUCGAAGGCCAAGAAGAGUACGACGCAAAAAUCCAACUCAGGAAGGGUCAUGAUAAGGCCGUGUUUGGUAGAGGGCUUGGGCUUAGCACCGACGACAGAACAGUGUCUCGUCGUCACGUCGCUUUCGAAUUGAAAUCGGGCGCGAAACAAACAGAGCCCAUUGGUGUUUCGUUUGAGGUUCUGGGGAAGAAUCCCGUUUGGGUCUGGAGCAAAGAUGAUGGGGAAAUUAGGGUUUUCAGGAGGUCGGAAAAGGGAGAAUUGGCCACCGGGGAUUGGUUUUGCGUGUCCGGCAAGAAACCCGCCUGGUUUGUUCUUAGAGAUAUCGGCGUCGAAGAAGGAACAGAGAGACUUUCGGAAGACGAUGGGAUUGAAUGGGCGGCUGAGAAUUCGCGAAGCGGGUUAGAAUUAGAGGGUUUUGAUGUUUCGGACAUUGACCCUGUUAAAGAGUUUGGUUUUGUGGUAAUGGGGCAUGAGUUUGACCACUAUCCCAAGCUUAUGAUCCGUGAUGUGCAGAAGUGGGACUGGUUUCUUGAAGAAGACGUGAAAGAAAGCGAAGAUGAGGAGAAGUUCGAGAAGAAAAAGAAGAGGGGUGUGAGCAAAAGGAGGAAAAGAGGUAAGGAUAACGAGAAUGAUGAUGAUGAAGAGUGGACCGGUGAGAGUGAAGAUGACAAAGAGCUUGUGAGAAAAGCAAAUAAUAGGUCAAAGUAUUCUACAAGAUCAAAGGACCGUGACAAGCCUCAGAAGGAUAAUUCUCAAGAUAGUAAAAAGUCUUCACAGAAGAAAGUUUAUAUUGCUGCUGAUGAUGAGGAGGAUGAAAUGCUUGGGGGGUUUGUUGUUGGUGAUGAGGAUGUGGGCCAUGAGGAAGAAAUGAACGGUGACGAUGAAGAAGAGGAAGAAUUUGUGGAUGAUGAUGAUGAUGAGUGAUGGAAAGAAUAAUAUUUGUUGUUUGUUUGUGUAUUGUAUAUUUUUGUUUGUUUUUGUUCCUUCUUCCUCGAGCAGUUGGGUCAAGUCACAGUAUUCUGUAUAAGCAACUCAUCAUGUACUAAUAACAUGUGUUCUGUUGCAAUUAUCAGAAAGAAAAAAAUGUUCUGUUUCCCGUAUCCUUGUUUUGUUUAGAAUUUAAAAUUCUUUUACUUUGUGAAUUAUGAAA